CUCCCCCUGGAGCUUGUCUCUCGAAUCGCGUUCUUCGCCUGGCAGAAUCGGCAACUCCUUGCCCCAUGCAGCGUUGUCUGUCGCAAAUGGCAGGCAGCUUUUGAGCCCCUCCUCUACUCCAAUCUGGAUGUCUGCAGCGACGAUAUCUAUCUCAACAAACACACGUUAUUCAAGUACACAAUGCCACUCUCUCUGUCGCAAUUUCGGACCUUGAUGUCUGGAGUUGGCCUGAAAAAACGGCGCUGGCUCCGUACUCUGCGUUACACGAUCGCUCUACCACAUCGCAUUGAGGACUGGAAAGCUCUCAAGAGUGACCUUUACGUGGGCAUACAUAUAGAGCGAUUAAAGAAUGAUCAGAAAUUUGGCGAAGCCCUGGCCGACUUAUUUAAGACACUUGCCACCUGGAAUGAACAGCAUCGUCUGUCCCUGGAAAUAACCGUACUUGGCUACAAGACAUGUGUGGAAUAUGAUACCGAAUGGGCCCCUGAUGCCUAUGAUUACACUUGGAACAUGCGUCUUGGGCAUGAGUUCGCCCUUCCCCCGUAUCGAGCCCGUUUCUUGGAUGAUGAUGUGUCCAAGUUGGUCGAUGUGCCGUGCAUUGAUCGUAUCACAUUUCCCAAUAAGGAUGAUCUUCACGGUACAACUAAGCUCAGGCACCAGACGUGGGUGGGUGCAAUGUUCGAGAUAAUCGAGCACUGUCCGACUCUUACAGAAGCGCACUUGGAUCUCGACGAAUAUGUCCGACCAGAUCAUGACGACCUAAUCCGAGAGAGACGUCAAGCAUUGGCGGAGGGCUUGCUCAAACUCCCUCGCACCUUGAAGAAACUCCACUGUGCGAAUGCGAUAGAGAGGAAUUGAAUUACGCCUAUGCCCGCUAUCAAUUUCCUGUCCUCUGAGACGGAUACACUCUCUAACAAUCUGCGUGGUUUGACAUUCCGUCUUCGGGAGUUGAAACUAAAGCAGACGGUACUCUCCCUUGACUGGCUGUUUCCUCUGGACGAAUUCUGCCAGCCAGCACCCCAUACCACAGGCUACUAUUGCCCUCAUCUGGAGAACAUCUCUCUGUACGGAGUUCCCGAAUACCUCCCAUCAGGCGACUACCUCUUCCAUUACCCCCCAGCUCGUGAGGCAGAAUAUGCCGCCAUCGAAGACUGGGAAGAGGCAAUCUGCG